AUGUCAAAGCCGAUGGAUUUCUCGUUCUGCGCCAAGCUGCCCGCCUACCAAACAACCCGCCACUGCUGCGGACUCGUCAGAAUCCGGGUAAAUCGCAAUAUUGUCAUGAAAAAAAAAUGUUGUUUCGCUUCAGACGCUAUAUUUGACGCUCACCCCGCUCGUGAUCGUUCAACUCGUGCUCCUACUCGUUUUCUGUUUUCUUCCCGACCUUUUCGUUGUCAAUUUCACAAAUUCUGCCACGUGGAAUCAGGGAAACGUGUUCGUCGGCUCCAUCGUUUUGUGCUCCGUUUGGCUCAUUUCCCUUGUCAUUUCCGUGAUCGGAUGCUUCAAAAAGCGGCCAUUUUUACACUGGGCACUCUUGAUUUGCGAGGUUUUCACAAUUUUUAAGGGGAAAUGCCGAAAUUUCUGAAAAGUCGAUUUUCAGAUCGCAUUUUCCGUGUUCUGCCUCGUCAUCGUCUCGCUGUGCCUCUGGAAUCUUCCCCAACGGACACGGCUUCUUCUGAUGCGACUCUGCGCCUCCGCUGCCCUUUUUUCCUUUCAUUCCUACUACACUUUUGUCGUUUUUUCGCUCUAUUCGGACGUCAAAGCGAGACGGAAGACGGAGGCGUUCGUCGCCCGGCAAAUGAUGAUCGACGAGGUGUGCGAGGAGAUGCUGUGGGAGGAAAUGGAGGAGGCCGAGCGGAUGCACACGUUAGUUUGGUUGAAAAUUUGAAAUUUGCGCCGAAAAAAUUUCGAAAAUUCAAUUUUCCCACCAAAAGUCAGCCUUACGGCUGAGAAACUUUUUCCCAAACCAGGCCACUCCCACUCGCUUGUCGCGAACUGCCUGCUCUCAACUCAAAACACCUAUGCCCAAAAAAACACAGAAAAAUUAAAAUUUCGUUGGUCCGAGUCGAAUAGAGUGCACUUGCAGCAGCCACCACCACAACGGACGCGGCCACUACCUGGACUACUCGUCCUUCUCCGAACCGUCCGUCUCGUCGUUCGAAAUGCGAAAUCUGAGUUCGCAGUAUUCGAGUAUUCCUCUUCGUCAAAUGGCUCAGCCCGUCUUCUCGCCAAACGCCACGUUUUCGUACGGAUCCGGACCGGACGGAAUGCGUGGGCGUUCCGUCGUUUUUCUCAAUGAUUCUUACUGA